ACAGUGUAGCUAUCAAUAAAUUGUAUCACAUGAUAGAAAAGUAUGGCAGACGAUAAAUCAAGUUUAUUAAAAGGAAAACAGAAUGACCUGGAACAGGGAAUUUAUUAUGAACAAUCGCCUGCAACCAGAUGUAUGCAGGGUUGCUUCGUUGCUCUCGUCGUUUUAAUGGUCAUAAUCAGCAUCAUACUUAGCAUGGUCCGAGGGACAGAGCUUGGAACCUAUGGCGGCGGACAUUUCAUGCUUGGCAUAACUCUUAUAGGGUUCGUGGUUCUGGAAAUAUUCAUGAUAGUUUUUAUUCGGAGAGGCGAUUUACCGAAAGAGAAAACAUGGUUUCUGUACUUUGUUGGGGGAUGUGUUAUACUUGAAGCAAUAUUUACAGACAUCCUAUUGUAUCAAUGAAAACAUUUUUAUUCAAAAAGAAAAAAAUGUGACUAAAUUAUUCCCGAUCUUUUUCAUGAAAAGUUAAAAUCAACUGUAAUUAAUGAGUUAGCACAAUUAUUUCCUACUAAAUAUGCAUAUUGUUUUGUUUUUAUUUCGUUUUCCUAUCACAUAAUGUCGUUUGUUUGUUUGUUUGUUUGUUCGUUUUUUAUGGAAUGCCAAAUGAUAUCCAGUGUACAUAAAGAGUUAUAUUUCUUU